AUGUUGCAGAUGAAUCCUGAGUUAUCGUCGAUCUACUCCCAAGAGGAGAAAGUAAGGAAUGAUCAUAAUCAAAGUGAUAAUAAAGAUAACAAGGGUAAAAAAGAUGAAAAACCCGAUUUAACUUUACAAUUGCAUGUGGCUAAUAAUCUUAUACCCUCCAUUAAUAACUCUUCCGACUUACAAAACUUUCUUUCAAAAGUCAAAAACAAAGAAUGGUUUAAUAAAAUACUUAUUGAUUCUACUAUUUAUUAUAACAAUGAUAAAUUAUUAUGGGGCCCAUUUUUAAUUAUCAUAUUUAAGGACCCGGAUACCAAAAAUAUUUCCUCUGUCAUAUUAGAUAAACUAGGGCUUACUGUGCUGCCAUGUAUUGAUAUCACAAAUAACUCAAAAUACUAUCCAGCUAUCGAAAAUCUACCUCAAGAUAAACAACAAUCAAACGUUAGAAGAGCAUUAGCUGUAUCUUUAUUACAAAAAUUCACACAAUUAACUAAUGAUCAAAUUCAGGUAAUUGCACCUAAAUAUCCCUUGAAAUUUGACUAUGAUCAAACUUAUUCGGGUGAAUUAGGUAGUAAAUGCCAAAUUUUCACAUCUCUGAUUCCAGAGAGACUAGGAAAGAAACUAAAAGAAAUAGGGGUAUUUUCCUCAAAUAGAUCAAUUAAAUCUAUCUUACUUGACGUAGUAUAUGAAAAUAAUGAAACUUAUAUUGAUGCCAACAACAAAUUAGUUUUCCAUUUGGGUGAACAGUUAGAGCAACUAUUUAAUCCAAUCACCGAAUAUUCCCCUGAACAAACUGAAUAUAACUACAAACCCCCAGAUGAUGAAUCAUCUAUUGAAAACGAUGGUCCUUUAGUGAAAGCAAUAAUUAAUGAAUUUUUACAGUUUCAAUCUAAUUUUACAUAUAAUUUAGUUGAUUUUUUGCAAAAAGUUUUGAUCACAUUAAGAGUCCGUGUGUUAAACAAUGAAAUCGAUGGAUUAUCUACCACCAAAUUAAAUAGGUUAUUCCCACCAACUAUUGAUGAAGUUACAAGAAUAAAUUGUAUAUUUCUGGACUCACUAAAAGCUGCAGCACCUUAUGGAUCAUUGGAAGUUUUAAAAGCUUGCAGUUUAACUAUACCGUAUUUCUAUAAAGCAUAUACAAGACACGAAGCUGCUACUAAAAAUUUUAGUAAGGAUAUUAAACUCUUUUUAAGAAAUUUUCAUGACAUUUUACCAGAGAAUAAUACUUAUACGGAAUUAAAACUUGAAACUAUUAUUAAAGGACCCCAAGAGAAGUUAAUUAAAUUAAAAUUAAUUAUUGACAGAUUAUAUCAAAACAAGAAAAAGUGGUCAUCUGAUAAAAAUAAAAUACUAGCUGAAAAAGAAUAUACAAACGUUAUUGAUGUAAUUGAUUCAUUUGGGAAAUUAGAUAAACCGUUAAGUUCAUAUGAUACGAGAGUAUUUACGCCUUCUGGAAAAAUAUUAACUGAACUAGCUAAAGGUUGGCCAGUGGAAUUACAAUAUAAAUGGUUAAAAAGACGUGUUGUUGGAGUAUAUGAUAUAAUAGAAACAUCAAAAUCAAAUAAUAGAAGUAUCCUUGUUAUAUUCAGUGAUUAUGUUGUGUUUUUAAGUAUAAUUGAUUUUGAAAAAUAUUACACCUCUGAUGGAAUACAUAAACCUUUCAUAUCAGAUAUCUUGAUGAAUUCUUUGAUAAAUGAAAUUCCACUACCUCCUAAGAUACCAAAAUUAAAAGUUGAUAAAUAUAGUUAUAUUGACAAUGUCUUUGUGUCUGUCUAUGACGAGACUUUCUUACGUUUUGAUUCUGUUAAGGGGGAUAAUUCAUUCUCAAUUACAUGCCAAUUAGCCAACCCCAAAAGUAUCAGUGUGUCCUAUAUUUCAGACUUAAUUACAAAGGCUAAAAUUCUGGAAAAAGAUACAGCAUUUCAUUUAUUUAAGGCAGUUAAAAAUGAUAUAACAAUGUAUUCAACUGCUCAUGAAUUAGAUGCCUAUAAUAACGAAAGAAUAAAAUCACCAUUUGCACUUGUUUUAAAUAUUAAACCCAAUCCCUCAUUUUUAAUUAAACAUAAACUUCAACUAGCAAUCUUUGCUGAAUUUAUUAAUAAAAAUGAAACUGAGGAGAUAGUCAAGUUCACUAUCUUAUCAGCAGAUAAAGGCAAACUAACUAUGGAACAUCCCUCUAACGGAAUUGUUAGCGAAAUCGUACAAAAUAUCUCCAAACACGUAAUAUCAUAUUAUUCUUCUAUUAAAUCACCAUAUAUCAAGGAUUUAAUGAAUUGUAAUAUUAGCUUACUAAAUAAUAUAAAAAAUAUCACAGACGACCCUCUUUCCACUAAUUCUGAUAAUAGUAGUCAAAAAUUUAUUCUCCAACAAGUUAAUAGUGAAAAUAAACAAUCAUACGGUACUAUAACCACAUUCAGAAGUCAUAAAAGCGAUCUUAAAGAUACUGCUAGUGAAGAAAAACAUGAAAAAAAUAAAAUCCCCAGUUCAACAAAAACAAAACAUAUGAUUCAAAAAACUACUGUCAAAAAACCUACACCACCAGUGAAGAAAGAAAUUAAUAAAAUAAACAACAAACCAACCCCAAGUGUUGCUUAUAGUAACAAAGAAAAGAAAACUAAGUUUUUUGGUGUUUUAAAAAAUAUCUUUGGAAAAUCUAAGCCCAAAGCUAAAAAGACAAAAAUUAGUAAGCCAAUUGCGGUCAACAACCAUAGGUUAAAUAAUAAAGGUAACCAAAAUGUGACCGCAAUUCCUACUCCAAAAUCAAUGAAAAAAAUACAAACACCAGCUAAAGGAAAUAGAUUAUCAAAUAUAAAUCUACCAUCACUUACAGAAAAGCCUACCACAGAAGAAAAAGACAAAAAAGAUGUGGAUAGUGGAAUCUCAAUUGAAACAUCGGUUAAGCUGCAAAAUGAGGGAUCUACUUCUCAAGCAAGAAUUCCUUCUGUGGUUCGAAAUACAGACUUUGUAAAAAACAUUGAGCUUAUUGUAAAUGAGGUUGAAUCAAAUCUCAUUACAGAUGAUUCCAAUGAAAAUACAGAUUACAAAGAUCCCAAAACUACAGAUAAUAAAUAUCAAAAUAAAAUAAAUUUGGCGAAACAAAACAAGGAUGAAAAUACAAAAAAAGGUAAUACAACAAAUAAAGAACCAAUCAUCUCAACAGAUAAUCAGAAUACAAUCAGAAUAUCGGAAGGUUCUGUUUCUUCAAAUCAUAACAAGUCUAUUAAAAAUGAUGAAAUGCUAUCAAAAGCACUUCAAAAGAACACCAAUGAUUCAAUAAACAAUAAUCAUUCUACAAAUAGUGGAAAAGAAUCUUCAGAACUUGAUACAACAGAAAUAUCUCAUUCAACUAUAAAAACAAGAGAUAUCGUAAAUAAGGGUUUAAUUGGGGAUAUUUCAACUCAAAGCCAAGUUUUUAAUAAUGAUUUAUUUGGUGAUUUUAUUGAAGAUAUUCCAACAAUUAAAAAAAGAACUUACAACACCAAACCUGUUACGAGUCAAGAAGAAUCCAUUUGUAACAAAGACACUAACGAUAAUAAUAAUAAUGCUAAAGUAUCAACAAUAAUAAGUACACCAGUGGUGUCUGUUUCCUCCAGUAGAAGUGUUUCAACUGUCAAAAACCAAGAACCAGAAAAUACAACUUUUAAUACAACUACUGAGACAAAGAACGUUAUCGGUGAUAGUGAACCGACAGCCGAUUCAAACACACCAACUACUGAACUUAAAGAAAAUAGUACCAACAAUGACUCUAACAAGUUUCAAGCUUUUCCUCAACUACCAAACAUCAAAAUUUCGAAACCAUUCAUAUCCUUUGAAAGAUCGCCCUCAUUUAUCGAAUUAUUCCAGGGCAUGAGAAUGGUUUUAGAUGAAAAUGAUGCAAAAUAUAAUUGGAAAAGAAUUCCUAGUAUUUCUUCUUUAAAUAAUGAGUUAUUAUUGGAUCCUAAUGAACAAAAGCAUAAGAUGGAAAGCGUACCUGAAGAACCAUCGGAAAACUACAACGAUUCAUCUUUGAUUGGCAAUUUACAGCAGUUUGCAACCACUACAUUAGGCAAAAGUUUUACGACCCCUAAAAAUAUUAAUGAAGAUGCCAAAGGAAUACUAGAAAUUCAAGAAGACUCUAAAGAUAGUGUAAUUAUUGAAAGCCUAGAUAAAAGUGUGACAAAAAUGGUUGAAUCUAUGUUUUCUGAAAGCACUCCAACAUUAAAACCAAAGGGACCCUCUCCAUUCAAGGUGCUACAUAGUUCUCCACCCAGAUAUGUAAAUCAGACAGUGGUCCAGGAUACUGACAAGAUAAUUAAUAAUGCGACAAGCCCUUCAAAAAAUAUUGACACAGUUAUUAGUACUGAUAAAGUACCUCUAAAUAGAUUUUUUAAUAAGAAUACCAACAUUACCUCAGAUUUCUCAUUCCCAUCAGAAAUUGUCCCAGGUCCUGAUAAGCGGUGGUUAGAACUUUCUUUUGCAUCACAAGAGGACUUAAAAGGUAUCUAUAAUCCAUCUGUCGAAAGCUUAGAUAAUAAACCAUAUCUUACACCCUCGGAAGAACCUGAAGAUGUUUUCAAUAAAAUUCAUAACUCAAAUCAAAUGGAUACUACCAUAGAAAGGGAUACUACAUUAGAAGCCCCAGAAGACACUACUAUUGGUAAAAGUUUUAAUAAUAAUUCUAUCAAUAACACAUCUGUUCAAUCUUCUAAUGUUGAUGAUACACCUACUAAACAAUUUCUUAACAAUAAUACUGAUUUACAUGAUAUUAUAUCUUCAAAGAAUGGUAAUAAACAAACCCUAGAUAGCUCAAAAAUGAAUAAUUCAUGCAGUGACACUGCACAUUCCUUAUUAGCUGAUCUAGAAUUUAGUUCCUUUAAUAUGACUUUCAAUUCCACAACAAAUAAUUCCGUAUUUGACAAUAGCAAUAAAAACGUACUUGUUCAAGAGGAUAAAAACACAAGUGAAGACUCAGUUAUUUCAAAUAUAUGGAAAGAAGCACCUAAAUUAGAGCAAAAGGAUAAAGUUCCUGUUGUAUAUAGAUUAACGAGAGACUUGAUGUCAGGAAUAAGUCCUAUUAACAACAAAGGACAUGGUAAUUCAAGCAAACUACUAGGCAAACCCAAUGAGGAGGAUCCAAUUUGGGUAUCUCCAAGCAAACUAGAUUUUGCAGUAAGUCCUCACAAGAAUAAAACUGAAACAAAUAAUGAAAAUUCUGUGACAAAUAACACAAUAAUUCAUGAAACAAGUUCUAAGUCUAAAAACGAUGAUUUAGUUAAAGAUUCCUCGUUUGCAUUUUUGGCUGAUAUUAUAAGUGGUUCAAAUUUAGGAAAUUCUACAAUUUUCGACCAAGAUACUAGUGAUAUUUCAAGUGAAUCAGAUGUUGAUUAUCAAAAUGAUAAGCCUGAAAAAUUAAACUUUAUAAAAUAA